UGUAAGGCUCGAAUACAAAAUCAGCAUACAGUUGGGGAGACGUUGUUAUUCGUGUUCGUGAAAAGCAACGCACAUAAUGAAACACGCUCACAGGGUCAAGUUGGGUGUUUGGAGGUCGUAGAUCAGGGAUCAAGACGUUUACACGUGGAUUACAUGGAAGAACAGAACAUGUACUCAUGGGUCGUGGUUGGUGCUUCAUUUGCGGCGUUGCUGUUUGGCCCCAGCAUCAACUACGCAGUUGGUGUAUUCUAUGUUGCACUGCUGAAUGAAUUCAACGAGGACAUCACACUGACAGCCUGGCUGGGCGCCCUCUUUUCCUGCAUGUUUGCUUUAACAGGUCCAGUUGCCAGUUUGAUCAUCAAUGUGUCCGACUGUAGAACGUGUGUGGUGAUGUCAGGAGCUUUCAUGAUGAUUGGUUUCUCAACCAGCUUUCUGGUGACUAACAUGAAGCUGCUGUUCAUAACCUACGCCUUAAUAGCAGGUCUUGGCACUGGUCUGGCACAAACCGGCAGUUCAGUCAUACUUGGAUACUACUUCCCAAAGAAAGCUGGCUUAGCUACGGGAAUAUCAUGUUCUGGGGUAGGACUAGGUAUAUUCAUACACCCCCCACUUGUUCAGUAUCUAUUGGAAUCCUACGGGUUCCAUGGGACCUUUCUUAUCGCUGGUGGAAUCACAUUUCACGUAUGUGUUGCGGGGAUGCUAAUGCGACCAACACAAUUUGAAAGAAGAAAGCAACACACAGCUGUGACGACACAAUCUAGAUGGACAAUGUGUGGCGACAUAUGUAGACUUUACAGCGUCUUGAGCAAUGUAUCAUUUCUAUUUUUUCUAUUAAGUCUUUUGUGUUUUUCAAUUGCUGUGUCAACGGAAUAUCUUUUCCUGCCGGAUUUCUUCAUAAAACAGGGAUCUACAUUCCAGGAAGGGGCAUUUGUUAUAUCAGUUUCAGGCAUAGGAAGUACUGCCUCCCGUGUCCUCGUCGGACUGGCGCUGAGUGAUGAGAGGAUUGAAAGCGCCACAGUGUAUUCCUCGCUGCAUGGUAUUAUGGCAGGUUUCACACUGAUAUUGCCGUUCCUCCAGACAUCUCCCUAUCUACGAAUAUUGUACGGCUUAAUCCUUGGACUGUACACUGGGGGCGCGUGGGUGCUUGUGACCACUUUAACACUUGAGAUUCUUGGCGUUGGGGACUUUGCUGCAGGAUUAGGUGUUGGUUUGUUUUCCUGUGGAACUGGGUAUUUAAUAGGACCUCCUAUUGCAGGAGCGUUAUUGCAAGCAAGUGGGUAUUACCACAGCGUUUUCAUCUUUGCCGUCGCCAUGUUUUUUGCGGCCACUCUCCUUGGAUUUCUGUCAACUAUGACCAGGAGGCCAUUAACAGGGGACACACGGCUGGAUAUGACAUCACCUAUCUCUCAGGGCAAUACACCAUCUUGUGGAAAAAAAAGCUUUGGUGCAACGAAAGAAAACGGCAGAAAUUCCAAGUCAGUGUUGUGAAGAAGAUGAAGUCAUCUGUGACUAACACAGGGAUCUGCGAGAUAACCCUUGCAUACAGGAAGGCAGCAUUACCGGCUGAACAUUUUGUGUGUUCGAGUUAACAUAUGAGUAGUAGAUAAAGAGUUGUAAAUGUUACUGUUCCAUUCAAACACUAGGUUUUCCUUUAUCCCAGUGGCCCCAACGAUCCCAUUUGAAUCACCAACGCUCUUAAGUAAGUGGAGCAUUCACGUUUUGAAGAGAGACGGUAGCCGUGGUUGAGUCCAUGCUUUGGUGACUAUAUGAUCUUCUUCUU